AUGUCGUGCCUGGAUGACCUUGGCCUGCUGCUAGGCGGCUCGUCGAACGCCUCCGUGGCCGCCACGUACAUCUGCAACAAGUUCACCGACACGUCAUCGGCCGUGGACGCGACGUACCUGCUCUUCUCGGCCUACCUCGUCUUCGCCAUGCAGCUGGGGUUCGCCAUGCUCUGCGCGGGCUCCGUCCGCGCCAAGAACUCCGUCAACAUCAUGCUCACCAACGUCCUCGACGCCGCCGCCGGCGCGCUCUUCUACUACCUCUUCGGCUUCGCCUUCGCGUUCGGGACGCCCUCCAACGGCUUCAUCGGGAGGCAGUUCUUCGGCCUCAAGCGCCUCCCGCAGACCGGCUUCGGCUACGACUUCUUCCUCUUCCAGUGGGCCUUCGCGAUCGCCGCCGCCGGGAUCACGUCGGGCUCCAUCGCUGAGCGGACGAAGUUCGUGGCGUACCUCGUCUACUCCGCCUUCCUCACCGGCUUCGUGUACCCGGUGGUCUCCCACUGGUUCUGGUCCGCCGACGGGUGGGCGUCCGCGGGCCGGACGUCCGGGAAGCUCCUGUUCGGGUCGGGCGUCAUCGACUUCGCCGGCUCCGGCGUUGUCCAUCUGGUCGGCGGCAUUGCCGGCCUCUGGGGAGCCCUCAUCGAGGGCCCUCGCCUCGGCCGGUUCGACGGCGCUGGCCGCCCGGUAGCGAUCAGAGGCCACAGCGCCUCGCUCGUCGUCCUCGGCACCUUCCUGCUGUGGUUUGGGUGGUUCGGCUUCAACCCGGGGUCCUUCCUCACCAUCUCCAAGGUUUACGGGCAGUCCGGGACGAUCGACGGGCAGUGGGAAGCGGUUGGCCGCACCGCGGUGACCACGUCGCUGGCUGGCAGCGUCGCGGCGUUGACAACGCUCUACGCCAAGAAAUGGAUGGUGGGGCACUGGAACGCGACCGACGUCUGCAACGGCCUGCUCGGCGGGUUCGCCGCCAUCACCGCGGGCUGCUCCGUGGUCGACCCGUGGGCGUCGGUGAUCUGCGGGUUCGUCUCCGCGUGGGUGCUCAUCGGCUGCAACAAGCUGGCAGAGAUGGUCAGGUUCGACGACCCGCUGGAGGCGGCGCAGCUGCACGGCGGGUGCGGGGCGUGGGGGAUCCUCUUCACGGCGCUCUUCGCGCGCAGGGAGUACGUGGAGCAGAUCUACGGCGCGCCGGGGCGGCCGUACGGGCUCUUCAUGGGCGGCGGCGGGCGGCUGCUCGCCGCCCACGUCGUGCAGAUUCUGACCAUCGUCGGGUGGGUCUCCCUCACCAUGGGACCGCUGUUCUACGCGCUGCACAAGCUCGGGCUGCUCCGGGUCGCGGAAGACGAUGAGCGGAGGGGAAUGGACGUGGCGUGCCACGGCGGCCCCGGGUACGUCCUCGUGGAGCAGGACGGUGCCGGGCCGGCAAUCGAAAUGGAUGAUGCGUAG